AUGCCCCUGGCCGCCUACUGCUACCUGCGGGUCGUGGGCAGGGGCAGCUACGGGGAGGUGACGCUCGUGAGGCACCGGCGGGACGGCAGGCAGUAUGUCAUCAAAAAGCUGAACCUCCGAAACGCCUCUAGCCGAGAGCGGCGCGCUGCUGAGCAGGAAGCUCAGCUCCUGUCUCAGUUGAAGCACCCUAACAUCGUCACCUACAAGGAGUCAUGGGAGGGAGGGGACGGUCUGCUGUACAUCGUCAUGGGCUUCUGCGAAGGAGGUGAUCUGUACCGAAAGCUCAAAGAACAGAAGGGGCGGCUUCUGCCUGAGAGUCAGGUGGUGGAGUGGUUUGUUCAGAUCGCCAUGGCUCUGCAGUAUUUACAUGAAAAACACAUCCUUCACCGAGAUCUGAAAACUCAAAAUGUCUUCCUGACAAGAACAAACAUCAUCAAAGUGGGUGAUUUGGGAAUUGCCCGGGUGUUAGAGAACCACUGUGACAUGGCCAGCACUCUUAUCGGCACACCUUAUUACAUGAGCCCUGAACUGUUUUCGAACAAACCCUACAACUAUAAGUCUGAUGUUUGGGCUCUGGGAUGCUGUGUUUAUGAAAUGGCCACCCUGAAGCAUGCUUUCAAUGCAAAAGACAUGAAUUCUUUAGUUUAUCGGAUUAUUGAAGGAAAGCUGCCGCCGAUGCCGAAAGACUAUAGUCCAGAACUAGCAGAACUAAUAAGAACAAUGCUGAGCAAAAGGCCUGAAGAAAGACCCUCUGUGAGGAGCAUCCUGAGGCAGCCUUACAUAAAGCGCCAAAUCUCUUUGUUUUUGGAGGCCACAAAGGCAAAGACCUCCAAAAAUAAUAUUAAAAGUGGUGACUCUAAAUCGAAACCUGUUGCUGCAGUGGUUUCUGGAAAGGCUGAAUCAAAUCAUAAAGUCUUUCCCCUCCAGCCUCACUCUUCUGAGGGCUCCAAGACAUAUGUAAUGGGUGAAGACAAAUAUUUGUCCCAGGAGAAACCCAUGGUCACUGGCCCCUUGAAGUCACCAGCAAGUCUGAAAGUCCACACCUCCAAGCUGGACGUGAGCAAUACUGCAGAAUCACUAGCCACGAUCAGUAGAGUGAAUAUUGACAUCCUACCUUCAGAAAGGAGGGACUCACUGAAAGAUGGCUUAGUUCGGGAGAAUGAGCUAGAAGGUAAAUGUGGUAUUUCUCAAGUGAAGGAGAAGCUGCAGGAUGGCACGAAGCCCAGCACUCACCCCAGAAACCUGAUUCCCACAUGGUCCUCUGGUGAUGUCGCUGGGGGAAGGAAUGACCGACUGAAUCCUCUGCAACCCCUAAACACAGACCAAAAGCCAAAAGACCAGGAUCAAGUUGCUGGUGAAUGUGUUCUAGAAAAACCAGACAGGACCAACCCAGGUUUACAGCCACACAGCUCCGGGUCUGAGCCUUCCCUCUCUCGACAACGACGACAGAAGAAAAGAGAACACCCUGAACACAGUGGGGAAAGGACACAGGUCAGCAGAGAUCUCUUUGAAUUCCAAGAGGCUCCUCCUCGACUUUUGCCUUCUCUUCCCACUAUUGGAAAAACGGAUAUCACAUUAUCACAAAAAGAUGCUGAAAAUCAAAGUAAAGUGGUCAUUGGGUCUACUGUGAGCUGUUCGAGCAGCAGGGAGGUGCCAUCAUCCAAGGAUCGACCAUUAUCAGCAAGAGAGAGGAGGCGACUAAAGCAGUCACAGGAAGAGGUGUUCCCCUCAGGCCCUUCAGUGAGGAGAGCUUCUCUGAGUGCAUCAGGACCAGGGAAACCACCAGAGGAAGGCCAGCCCACCCCUGGCCGAUGGUUGUCUUCUGACUGCUGUGCGGCUCAGGAAAGGAAAGUCAUCCACUGUCUCUCUGAGGAUGAAUUAAGUUCUUCUACAAGUUCAACUGAUAAAUCAGAUGGGGAUUCCAAAGAACGGAAAGGUCAUACAAAUGAAAUGAGUGACUUGGUCCAACUGAUGACUCAGACCCUAAAAUUAGACCCUAAGGAGAGCUGUGAAGAUCUCCUCGUUCCAGAUCCAGUGUCAGAAUUUAAACUUCAUCGGAAGUAUCGAGAUACGCUGAUACUUCAUGGGAAAGUUGCAGAAGAAGCUGAGGAACUCCAUUUUAAAGAGCUACCCUCUGCUAUCAUGCCAGGUUCUGAAAAGAUCAGAAGAAUAGUUGAAGUCUUGAGAGCUGAUGUAAUCCAGGGCCUGGGAAUUCAACUUUUGGAGCAGGUGUAUGAUCUUUUGGAAGAGGAGGAUGAAGUGGAGAGAGAGGUACGUUUGCAGGAGCACAUGGGUGAAAAAUACACAACUUACAGUGUGAAAGCUCGCCAGUUGAAAUUUUUUGAAGAAAAUGUGAAUUUUUGA